ACGAAAUAUACAAUUUAUUUAAUUUACGUGAAGUAUAUAAAAUAUAUAUGCGCAUUAUAAUUGCAUAAUUAUAAAGAACAUCAAUUAUACUGACACAUUCUAAUAAUCGAUAAUUAUUAUGAAAGUGUAAUACAAAAUAUUGAUUAUAUAAUGAAUACAUAUUUAAAAUUUAUAAACGAUUGUAAAAUCGUUUUAAUCUUUCUUUUAUGAAAAUAUACAUUUUAAUUAAUUCCUCGAUUUAUACGUCACUUUUAUUAGAAAAUUAUUAAUGCUAGUAAGACAAUGGAAAAAAAAAAUAACCUCGUCUAAUACGAAACGAUAUCAGUAACAGUCUUUGUUCUGUGUUUCUCCAAUUUCCGAUUGUCAUUGAAGUUGCUACAAACACGAGAUACCGUAUGAUCUUAUUUCAUACACAUAUUACGUGGAAUAUGGAAUAAAAGAGCUUCCCUCGUGAUAAAUCGCAGUAUUCAUACGAAACUAUUCUACCACGUCGCAUGUAACUUCCAAGAAGAAAAAGGAAUAGAAAAAAAAUAGAAAAAAAAGAAAAAAAAAUAGAAAGUGAGAAAUACGGAAGAAACGAAAACAUGAAAUGUCAAUUGAUAUUAUUUUUCGCUAUCGUAACAGGCAUCCAAUGUCGUUCGAUAAUACUCGAUGAAAUGCCUAAAAAUGACAGCGACAAAUCGAAGAGAAUCGAGCGAUCGUUUGAUGAUGAAAUGACAGAUAGAAUGGAGCAAUUAGAUUGGAAGAAUGAACCCGAAUCUACUACAAAUGUAUUUUGGUUACCUUCACCAUUCAUAUAUCCACCGUGGCUGCAAUCUUCAAAUCAAUCUUUCUGGCAAUUACCUGAGAAAUAUUUGAAAAGAAGUGAAAAUUCUGAUUCUACCUUAAUGGAACAAAAAAACAACAAAGAAACUUGGAACAACGAUAAAUUAUAUAUCGAAGAAGGGGCUAAAAUGAUUAAAACCUGUGCUGAACAAAUUGACGAAAUGUUGCUUUUGAUACAAAACGCUCUUGGCCAAUUUCGAAAAUAUUUGAACGAGUGGUGCAGGUUAAUUAAUUUUAAAAUGAAAUUAAUAUUCUCAAGAAAUAUUCUUAUUUUGAAUUUAUAUAUUAUUUUAGGAAUCAUCAUUCGAUGGUCAAAUUAUCACCGGAAUCAUUCGAUACAUUUUAUCUUCCUAAACAUUGACUGAAUAUUUAGAUAUUAACACGAAAUUUGAAAAAAAAAUCUGAACUCAUCUUUAUAUUCCCAAUAUAUUAAUCUAUCAUCUUAUAAUAUUAACCAUAUAUCUAUUCAUUAACUUUUACAUUUUAUAACAUUUAUAAUGCAAUUAACUAUAUAAAACAAACAAAUAAAAAUUAUUAUAAAACAACAAAUAAAAAUAUUCCAAAUGAAUAUGAAUCGAUUUUCUUAAAAAAUAAAAUAUAUUUAAUCCCUCUACGAUAUAGUCGCGUAAGAUGAUCGAUGAUAAAAUAGGUCUUUGAACUUUCGUUAGUAACAGACUAACAAGAAUAUUACAAUACUUUCAAUGGCGCUAUUUAACACGUUUGAUCGAUAAAACAAAUAGUUGCUGUUAACGACGACGUGUCAUUUUCCUUAGAAUUCAUUUUAAAGUGAUUUCUUCGGUUUAAUCGGUAAGUUUUUUUAUUAUAAUAAAUAAAUAAAUAUAUUUUUUAUUUAACAAAAUUAAAAUUAUCGAAAAGUAUUAAACGAAUGUAUCAUAAUUUUUCAUUGAAAUUAAUUUCGUUAGAUGAACGUAUUAGAAUUUUUCUAUUCCUGUUAUUUUCUCUCAGGAAUUCAUCAUACGAAUACGUAUAUGUUCUUAUAAUUUAUUUAUUAAACAUUAAAUAUAAGAUUUUUAUAUUUGUCGUAAUUUUAAAUAACGUCUAAUAUAUUCUAUACGAUUUUCAUUUUACAAAAGAAUAGAUACGUUUGAAAUCGUUUAAAGUUUUAAUACUUUUCGCAUAGUACCUAUCAGCCAUUACAAGUGAAAAGUUUGAAAAGUUAAAUUAGAACUCUAAAAUAGAUGUACCGACGGUUAUCUCGGCUCGAUUUAAUCGACCUUCACAAUUCCGAGAGUUCUAAUUCUCUCGUUACUUCAAAUUUCUCAUUUCCAAUUUUAGCUCUUAGAUUCUAAUCAUCUGAAAUAAAAUAAAAUGUACAAGGUAUUUAUGAUCUAUUAAAUCCAUAGAGUGGCCCACAUAAAUUAUUAGAAAAUUAAUGCAUAAAAUGAUCCAUAUAAAGUGUUACAAAAUUUAAUGCACAGAAUGGACUAUGUAAAAUAUUACAGAAUAUAUUAGCCAAAA